CUUAUUCGUCUUUAAAAUGUAGGCAAGAUUGAUUUUCUAAACUCUAUACCUUUUACCAGAUAUUGAUGAGUGUUUAAGCCCAGACCAUGGAUGUGAACAGACUUGCGAUAACACAGAUGGAUCAUAUGUUUGCAAUUGCACUAAUGGCUAUGCGUUGAAUGCUGACGGACGUACUUGCGAUGAUAUUGAUGAGUGUUUAGCUACAGAUCACGGUUGUGAAAAUGAGUGUGAGAACACUGAUGGAUCUUACGUCUGUAAAUGCAGGGCAGGAUAUGAGUUGGACAUUGAUGAACGUUCAUGUCGAGCGAAUGGCCAUCUUAAUAUUUUGCAGAUAUUGAUGAGUGUUCGAGUUCCACGUGAUGUAGAUGUGACAAAGUGUACUAACACCAUUGGUUCUUAUGUGUGCAACUGCAGUGUGGUAUACAGUUUGAAUGUCAAUGGCCUGGACUGUGAUGAUCUGGAUGAGUGUUUGCUGUCUAUUCAUCAAUGCGAUACGAACUGUGAGAACACCGAAGGUUCCUAUGUCUGUAGCUGUGGUGAAGGGUAUGAACUGGAUACAGAUGGAUAUACAUGCAUAGAUAUUGAUGAGUGUUUAGGAGCAGAUCACGACUGUGAAGAUAUCUGUGUGAACACAGUCGGAUCCUACACCUGCCACUGCAGGGAAGGCUAUGAGCUCAAUGAUGAUGAACGUACAUGCAGAGAUGUUGAUGAGUGCGCAAGACUCAUAGAUGAUUGUGAACACAACUGCAUGAACACAGAGGGGUUCUAUAUAUGUAGCUGUAGAGAUGGCUAUGCUCUGAAUGAAGAUGGUCUAACCUGCUCCGUGUCCUGUAGUGGUACAUUUACUGAUCUUCUGGGCUCCUUCCAAACACCAGACUGGCCUGGGAGCUACCCCAUUGAGGAUUUCACCUGUGUGUGGGAAAUUACCAUUGACAUCUCUGAAGCCUCUAUUAUGAUCCUGUUCCAAGAGCCUUACGGUGUCUUUGGUAGUGAGCCUUGUGAAACAGACUAUGUAGAGGUAUUCUAUGGAGUAGGGAGCAAUACUACCUCUGUUGCAAAGCACUGUGGUGUUAGUGUUCCUGACCGUAUUGUGGUGGAUGGUAAUGGAGCCACUGUUGUGUUUCGAGGGAGCACGCACUCCCAGAUGAACAGACCUGGAGUGUCCGUCGUGUACCGAGCA